AGUAGAACCACUUAGGUGCCUGGUCUUGAGAACCAGGGAUGGUAGGUUGAAAAGCUUUUUGAUCCCAUGGGAACUGUCCCUACCCACCUAAAAGGCUCUAGAAUAUGGACAGCAUGUAUAUAAGUGACAUUUAUGUGACAGUUACUUUUGGUCCCUUAAAUAUUGGACACUACACACAAAAAGUGAUGUACAUGCUAGUAUUCAUCGGAUUUGUAUGGAAUGAUCCUCAGACCAUUUGCACAACCUUAUAUUUAAUAUUUAAGUUCAGCUGUUAUAAGUUCAUGUAUUUGUAUAUCAACAAAUCCAUUUGCUGGACUGAUUUUAUGUGUGUUAGUGUGUGUUUUAAUCUGUGAUCUGUGUGUUGUGUGUACUUUCUCUAGAGCCUCUCAGUAACUGCACAGCCACACUGAUCGGUAACGAGGUCCUGGCUACCGAUGACCCCUGUUUUACCUGCCAGUGCAUGGAUUUUACGUGGACCUGCUUACACCAGAACUGCCUGCCGCUUACGUGUCCUCUUAAUGAACAGUUCACCCCACCUGACUCAUGCUGCCCUGUAUGUCAAGAUUGUGUGAUUGAAGGUCAGAAUGGACGCGUGUCCAACGGCAGCACCUGGAUGGACAGUGAUGAUGACUGUGUCACGUGCACCUGUAAUAUGGGCUACAUCGAGUGCAGCAUUGAAGAGUGUUUACCUGCAGUUUGUCCGGAUGGCCAAAAACAAGUGAAAAUUCCGGGGAAAAUGCUGUCAUGA